CUGGAAGAACACUGCCUCGUGCGGCACUUCAAGCUAAUCAUCUUGCCGAAGUUUCACUGUGAACUCAACUUCAUCGAACAGUGUUGGGGAUAUGCUAAAAGACUUUACCGAUUAUAUCCACCCACCAAGAAGGACGAAGAGAUGGAAACCAAUGUUCAUAAGGCACUGAACUCUGUUCCCAUUGAGUGCAUGUGUCGGUUUUCGAACCGGUCCUUACGGUUUCUAGACGCAUAUCGGAAAGGUCUGAACGGAAAGCAAGCAGCAUGGGCAAACAGGAAAUAUCGAGGUCACCGCACUCUUCCGGACAGUAUUUUACAAGAACUCGGUGACAACCAGAUCACAUAG